CCACAGGUUGGUGGAGGACACACCAGCCUCAGUCACUGCUGCUGCUGCCACCACAGCCACUCCACCUGCUCCACCUGCCACUCCACUAGCACUGAAUGUGGAUUCUGAUGUGUUGGAGUUCACGAGGGAAAUGGUGGAGCAAAGAAGCACUGCCAGACCAGGGUGCCACCCUCCUCUCGAACACAUAUGCAAACCAUCCUUGUUGAGAACACUGCACCCUCAACACACCCCAUGAAGUCAACACCCUGCACCAACACACCACGUUCCACCGUCGGGCCAAUCACGUCCAUCAUUAUGAAACACUUUGACAAGGAUAUGGUUCUGUUUUUGGCCUCGCUUGGCAAUGGAACCAUCGGAAACCUUCAAAAUGUCGUAAGUUCUGUUAUUUUUUGCUACUCCACCAAACUUCAUCACCUCCACAACCACUCCUGCAGUGGAUGUUUUGAAAUGGGGCACCACAGCAGACAGUGGCUCCAGUGCAUAUCUGUUCCACGCCCUGCUCCUCCUCAUGGUGAUGCUGGCACAGAGAUACAUCAGCACACCACACACACAUUUAUACCACCACCACCGCCAUCGCCAUCGCCACACUCCCUGGACGCUGGUGUUGUAAGAUGUGGCCUGAAAUACAAACAGCAGUGUCACUCGCCACCUUACAACUACACCACGCCACGCCACGCCACGCCACGCCACGCCACGCCACGCCACGCCACGCUUCGCCACACCACGCUUCGCCACACCACGCUUCGCCACACCACGCUUCGCCACACCACGCUUCGCCCACCAUGCUUCGCCACACCACGCUUCGCCACCCAACGCCACACCACAUGGCUCAGGAUCGCUCCGGAGUCGCUUGAAUGA